AUCUUGUCCUUGUUUCAGAUUCCACUAGCAAAAUGAAUUUUACAGCUGCAAAACUCGACAAGGUUUCGGCGAGUUCCUACCAGACACUCAGGGCACCGUUCUCUCGCGAAGAUCAGCUCAACGAAGAUCUCCAUGAGAUUCCACCAAGCCAUGUCGACAGAGAGCAGCACUUGCCUGGCCAUCCGCGGAUCUCACUACGCAACGUCCCACUCUCGACGUCCUUUCUAGAGCGCAAACUGUGCUCAGAGGAGCUGGAUAGAAUGGCACCUCACCUCUGGAUGAUGUCGCUUCAUUCAAGCACCAACAUCUCGCCGCUGCAUCGGCAACUUGUCAAGGGACGUGACAUCGUUAUAACCGAGGAUCCAAUGCUGCAUCUAGUGUGGCUGCCAGAUCGGAUCUACGUCAAGCCACUCCCAGCAUAUCUCCUUUCCUUCGUCUUCUGGGACCACUAUCUCCUAGGUCGCUCUUCGCCACUCACACAAAGAAGCCGCGAUCGGAUUCGCGAAGCAGCACUCGGCUAUCUGCGGACCUGGUCCUACCUUGUCCGCCACGAGUCCGAUCUGUUUCUGGCGCAAAAGUUCCAUCUCAUCCCUUCCUCCAUAUCCUGGGCCCAGUUCUGCGCCUUCACAUCCCUCUUCGAUGCCAUUGCCGACGCUGACGUGUCGAAGCGAUAUGCUUUCGGCGAGCUGCGCCUUACCCGCCUCAAUCUGUACUGCAAAUUGUUUCUCGGUAAGAUGCGCCUCCACCGGUUUCCAGCUACAACAUACGGCACGUAUUUUUCACGCUUCAAGACGCCGUUCCUGUUCGUCUUUGCCGUCUUAUCAGUUGUUCUCAACGCGGUACAGGUCGGUCUAGCGGUGGAGCCUCUGACCGCAAGACAGUGGCCCGGAAUUUGGACCAUGGGGCGGGUGCUCAUGGUCUUGACUCUGUGCUGUUCUUUGACAUUGACAGUGUUUCUAGGUGUGCUCUUCAUGCUUAGAUUCGGUUUGGAAUGGCGCCAUGCAAUCUUAGACGAGAUAUACAGACGACGAACGAGGGUGGGCAUGAAAAAGAACAGUAUCGCUGGCGACGCAGUAUAA